AUGUCUGUCACUUGGAAUCCUGUGGACAACGAUGAUAUCGAGGUCAAGAAGGCGUUCGAUACUCUCAGUCGCUCGGCCUAUGUCUUAAGCGGAAAGGACUUCCCUGGGAGUUCCACUGACUUUGAUAGAAAAGUCCCCGAGUCCGCUUUCAGAAAGCUCUCCAAGUUUGAUAGUGAAAUCUACAGUUUGAUCAACCCUUUGUAUACAGUAAUUACUGGCCGGACUACUAUGCAAUACAGUGAUAGCAGUGUUGAGUUGUUGGCGGCAGAUGAUUUCAUAAACUUACGACGCCAACUUGACAUCAUCCUGGACGAGAGGUACAAGUCGUCCAAUGAUUUUGAUGACAACUACAGAGAUGCCAAAGAGGCAUCCCAGAUGACUUUGAGCAUGCUACGAGACGAUGCUAGAGAGAAACAGCGCAACACAGAAGAAGUCAUGCAGACUCUUAUUCGAUUCAGGGACAGAAUUCUAGAGAGUCAGUGGGAUAUCGAAUUUCUUAUCAAGCAGUACAAUACCGGGUCCGUUGAGAACAAAUCAGAUAAAAAAGCGCCUUACCUAGAAGUCCUCAACAAAGACCUGGCCGACAAACUCGCCACUUUCAACAACAAGGUGAAGGAGGCCCAAGACAAAUAUUCUGAUUGGGAGAAAAACGCUGCCACUACAGUCGGCAUCUGCUCGAUCAAGCCUCUUGGAUGGAUUGUCAUGGGAAUCCAGGCGACCAAGGCUUCUGAUUUGCGCAACGACUAUGAUAAGCUGGAAACCCUGAUUGCGAAAAACCAACAGAACCAAGAGGAAGAGACACAACUUAUCAUAUUUGUGAAUCAAUUGAUCACCCAGUACGCCGGCAUCGAUCAGAAGAUGACCGAAGCCAUCGCAGCCAUGAAGGAGCUCAGCUUCCUCUUCAGCAAUCAGGCUGAGUGCUAUGACAAGAUUGCUGCAUCUAUCCCCCGCAUGAAACCCAGCACCGAUAUGAGAGCCCGCAAGCAGUAUAUUCAGUCACAGAUGAAGGUGACGGUCGAUAGGCUCAGAGAAUUGAAAGUCGUGGCCGAGGAGUUUACCAGAAGUUUCAUGAACCAAGUUCAACUCUGA